AUGGACUUCCUGAACCAUCAGGCCCGCUGGUGGAUUGGCGGCGCCUUUGCCCGCUGGUGGGUUGGCGGCGCCUUUGUCGCCGGUGUCCUCUUGACACUGGGCUACAAAGACGUUUAUCCAGACCUCGAGCGCCGCUACAGACAGGCAAAAGAGGCGAGAAAGCCGCGGCUCAGGCGGCUGGACCCCAAGGCUUCCAUGUGGUCUCUCCGCACCGUCCACCAGGUCGAGCUCAAAGACAACACCAUAAACCUUGACUCAUCCGAGCCUGUCGAAGACAUCGCAGAGGGCAUUGAAGGCUCCAUCGGCAACACCCCGCUCAUCAAGAUCAAAUCCCUGUCUGAGGCAACCGGCUGCGAGAUCCUGGCAAAGGCCGAGUUUCUCAAUGGCGCCGGCAACAGCCCCAAAGACCGCGUCGCGCUUAGCAUCAUCAACAUGGCCGAGGACGAGGGCUUGCUGACUCCAAACUCGGGCGACAUGGUUUACGAAGGGACCGUCGGAAGCACUGGCAUUUCUCUCGCCGCAAUCUGUCGUGCAAGAGGCUAUCUCGCCCACAUCUGCAUGCCCAACGACGUCGCGCUGGAGAAGUCGGACCUGCUCUUGAGGCUGGGCGCCGAGGUGGAGCGUGUUCGCCCGGCGCCCAUUGUCGACCAGAACCAGUUCGUCAACAAAGCUCGCGCGAGGGCUUACGAGCACACCAAGGACCCCAACAAGCCCGGCAGAGGCAUCUUCGCCGAUCAAUUCGAGACAGAUGCCAACUGGCGGGCGCACUACGAAGGCACUGGACCGGAAAUCUACGAGCAGACUGGACGGAAACUUGACGCAUUCGUCACUGGUGCUGGCACUGGUGGAACCAUCUCCGGCGUGGCCCUGUUCCUGAAGCCCCGCCUCCCCAAACUCAAGGUCGUGCUGGCAGAUCCCCAGGGCAGCGGAUUGUUCAAUCGAGUCAAAUUCGGCGUUAUGUUUGAUCCUAAGGAAAGGGAAGGUACUAGGAGAAGGCACCAGGUCGACACGAUUGUCGAGGGUAUUGGCAUUAACCGCGUGACGCACAACUUCGAAGCCGGUCGGCAAUUGGUUGACGAUGCGAUCCGAGUUACCGAUGAGCAGGCCAUGGCCAUGGCGAGAUGGCUGGUUGAAAAGGACGGGAUUUUCAUCGGAAGCAGCAGCGCCGUAAACUGCGUGGCUGUGACGAAGCUAGCUUUGCAAAUGGGCCCUGGUCACAGGCUUUGUACCCUUCUCUGCGACAGCGGUACGAGACAUCUGAGUAAGUUUUGGGCCAAGGCUGGCGCGGUCGGCAAUGAGGAGGGCAUGAACAUUCAGACCGUGUUGAACGCAGGUCCCAAAUGA